GGCACAAUAAAAAUGAAUGAUUUUACUGAAUCACAGGGUGGUAAACGGGGGGACUUUAACCCCUGAGCAUUACUGAGACUCGUGAGAGGGGCAGACAGCUUCGCCCCAACAAGCCGCACAACCAGGGGAAGCCAAGACAGGGAGAUGCACGCUGGCUCUCUCUCCUUCUCGGCCCUUCUCAGGAGGGUUUUGACAGCUGGUUGAGGAAGUUGCCAUGGCAAUGCACAACAUACGGAAGAGCCAAUCCCUGAAGAACCUGUCAGGGAAUCCAGAGGCGUCAUGGGUCGAGACAUCCAACCAUCUCUCCCUAAACAGGAAGUCUGUGUUGCAGCUGGUGCAACAGUACCAGAGCAUUGGAGACCUGAGGAAUUGUGAAAAAGCUGAGCUUGAGGCGGACCCCUUGGAGGGCGGGGGGAGCCCGCAGGAAGGGAGCUUCCCGCUCUGCAGGAGCCGCUCUGUGGAGCACCUGGCCUGCAGAGAGCCUGUGGUCAGCGGUACCAGCGCUCUGAGAGACCUGUUUGAGUCCAAGUCCUCGCUCCGGCGGGACUACGGCAGCAGCCCGAGGCUUCACACCGCGCCGGUCAUUGGAGGACACCCCCUAGUGGCAGGGAUAGGACAGAGCGCCUCGGAAAGGAACACAGGCCCUCAGAAAGAAGUCAAGGAUGAAAAUAGCCACAGAGACACAACAAACGAUGUACUUCCGGAGGCUUCUUUUAGAUCGCCCAAGUACCCCCAUGAAGGCCAGAAGACUCAGCCCCUGACCCAGAGAGACUCCCCGACCGAGAGAGACUCCCGGUCCCCGUCGAGACCGGACCAGCACAGCCCCACCGGCAGCACCUCCGUCAGGGACAGAUCGGCCCUCUACCUGUCCCGAGUGGCAGCCACAGACCACGCAGGAAGCCCAGCUCCGCCCGAAUUCCUUGGCACUUCAGAACCGAGACGUAAAGCCAGCAAGUUCCAGCUUCCCGCCAAGGAAAUGUGUUCAGCCUGUUUGACACCAGUCUACCCAAUGGAGAAAAUGGUGGCCAAUAAACUUAUCCUGCACAAAAAGUGUUUCUGCUGUAAACACUGUCAAAAGACACUGAGCUUGCACAACUACUCGUCCCUUUACGGAGAUUUCUUCUGCAUCUUCCACUACCAACAACUAUUCAAAAGGAAGGGAAACUAUGAUGAGGGGUUCGGACACAUGCAACACAAAGACCGUUGGCUUCAGAAAAAUACCAAAACAGAUGAACACGAUGUCAAGAAAGUCCCUAAUCUAUCACAGUUGCGGUCAAAUGUGGCUGAGGGCUUAGAGUCCAACAGUAAUGUUUUAUCCACCAAAUCGGGCUCCAAAAAUCCAUUGGGUGUAGAGCAACCUAUCGAUAUUAGGGACGGGAAGAAGAUACUUUGGCCUCCGCAGAAGAAACAAACAAUUUGUAGUGUUGCACAGCAGUCAUCUAUAACCACUGGUAGAAACAAAAUGCCAGAUAAUGGGAAACCCCCUGCUUUUUCAAAUAAUACUAUGACUUUAAAAUAUAAUGACGCUGACAAGAAAGAAUCGAAGAUGGCUAAGGGACAACUUAAGGACACAGAGGGCGAAAGAAGUGCAAGGACUUCAAGGUCCUCAAUUUCAGGUGUCAAUGAACCAAUAGAUGCACAGCAUAUUAAGGCACCGGAUAAUCUACAGUGGAAGGAAACCAAUUCCUCUACAUUUUCAAAUAAACUUAAACUAGAAUACAUUGAUAAAACCUUGGUGGAUUCUUCUUCACCUUGCCUAGGAAAAGGCAUUGCUAUCACCGAACAUAAUACAAAGGACUUAAUUAUGAAACCCACCACCAUAGACAUUGAUCAUUCUAUGGCUGAAGAUCAGAUAUGUAUCCCAAGUAAAACUAAGAAAACUGUGCGGUUUGCCACUAAUGUUGUUGAGAGUAGCCAGUCACCCUCUGAUCUGUGUUCAGAAGAGGAAGAAAUUUCAGAAUCUGAAUCCAGCCAAGGCAAGGUAGACAAUGUGAUAACCCAUAACCCUUAUGGAUACAGACACAAUCAAAAGUCAAACAACCCUUCAGAUCAAGAGCUUGCCAAUGUAGAAACUCGUCAAGAGAUCCCAAAUAGCGAGGAAGACAGUUUGAACCGACUGCAAGAGAAGGGUGAAUCACAGACAGAUGAUGUGAAUGUCCAUUCAACCAAUGAUGAGAAGCAAGCAUCUGCCCAAGAGAUGGCCAAGAUAUUAGAUGACACAGAAGAUAAAUCUGUGGCUCACAGUGAAUCAGCUACACAAACCAAAAUGGAACAACAACAAGGACAUUUGGAAAGCGAAGAGAGGUCUCCUGAAGGGAGCACAACUAGGACCAAACAAGGAGCUCCGCCGCUGAAAACAGUGGAAGGUGUGAAGACGGUUAUUCAGAAAUCUAAUUCUCUGAAGGGUUCUCCUGCAAAACCGAAUGACAAGAAGAUCAUAAAAAAGGGUUCUUGGUCCAAGGAAAAAAGCCCUCGGUCUCAACUUUUCACAUCUGGUGGAAGUGAAAGUGGGAGCAAAACUGGUGGAAUCCUAGGAAAAUUCUUCAAGUCAUCAACAGGGAAGGGGAUCAAACAGACAAAAUCACAGAAAGUAGAAGAAGGAAAAGAAGCCGUUCAAGCAGAAGAAAAAUCCACAGGCAGGGACCGCGGAAUGACAGAAGAAAUGGCAAAGGAUGAGGUCAAAUUACUAGAGACAUUCUCUGAACAGGAAUCAGUGAAUGAUGUGAAGGAAGAUACACAUGCUACUGCUAUGAAUUCAUUUGACAUCACAGAGGUAACCCCACCACUCAAACCACCAAGAAGUGACCUCACUGCUGAUCAUCAAUCAGACAUUACAUCACCAGCCCAUAGUGCCAGCGUAGAACCUGCUGAAAGUACAAAUCCAUCCGUCAAUCCACAAGCAAAUCCAGAAACCAGUGAAACAGAUGAUCUUUUUGCCAUUAAAGAAACCAGUGGAGAAAAUACAGAAGGUCCACCACAAAUGAGUUGCGUAGAAAAUUCAGAUAAUACCAACUUAAUUGCCAAUCCACAAAGCAGGAAGACAGCUGCAGAUUCUCCUGAACAUAACAGGUUGGUCUCACAUGAGACAAUUGAUCUUUCAGCUACUCAAGAUGCCAGUGGAGAGAAAGAUGCCAUACCUUACAUUUCCAGUGCAGAACAUACUGAUAAUGCAAACCUACUUGAUACUGCACCAUCAAAUCCACAGAGCCAUGAGACAAUUGAUCUUUCUCUUCUUGAAGAUGACAGUGAAGAAAACACAAACCUAUUUACCAAUCCACAGAGCAGUGAAGAAUCUCUUGAACAUAACAUGUUGGUCUCACAUGAGACAAUUGAAUUUUCUGUUAUUGAAGAUGCCAGUGUAGAAAACACAAACCUAUUUGCCCAUCCACAAAGUAGAGCUAUUGUUGAUAUUUUUUCAACUGAAGAUGAUAGUGGAGGGAAACCAAAUAUUCUAAGUGCAGAAAAUACUGACAAUACAAACCUAUUUGAUAACCCAGUGGGCCGUGAGACAUUGGAUCCAUCUCUCAUUGAACAUGACAUGUUAGUCUCUUAUAAUACCUCUACUGUUGUGCAAGCGAUGAUCAAAGAUCCUUAUGGGUCCAUCUGCCAGUCUAUAUCAGGUGACCCCUUUCAAGAGGAACCUCAAAGCAUUGAGGAGGACUUAUCUAGUUCAGAACAAUCAUUCAUCAGUGCAAGUGAUACAAAUACAUCUGUCCCUAUCCUGCCAAUUCAAGUGGUUGAUGUACAAGAGUUUGUGACAGGACCGAGUUGUGAUGCAUCAUCUUCCAAUGUGGAUCAUGUGACUCCUCAGGAAACUGAAGAUCCUUUCACUUCCUCAGACGCUCAGCCGAUUAUUACCUCCUCUUCCACCACCAGCACCAUCACCGAUGACAUCUUCGGCCCCUCUUUGGGCCACGGUGUUCUGACCAACGAGACUCCUGCUGAAUGUACUGACCCGUUUGAAAUGAUUCAACACAACACAGCUGACAACACAGGGGGCAUCGGGAGCCUCACAGUUCAACCCUUUGUAGGCCUCGAUCCCACACCCGUAGCGUGGCGUGAAAGUCCAUCCAGCAUAGAUCCUUGGAGUUUUGGAUCAAACUCUCAGACAGGAGAACCAGAGGUCCAGCUGGACUUUGAUAUCUUCAGUUCGGGAAACUGUGCUUUUUCGGCCCCACCAGCAGGCGAUGUCUUCGAUCUCAGUUCUCCUGAAGCAUCCGCCAGCUUCCAGCUUUCAGAUGAUAUCUUUGGUGUCAGCGACCCCUUCGCAAGUGGUGCAGAUAUUUUUACAGUCCAGCAGCCCAGUGGGACAAACUCUGGUACAGUGAGCAACAUUCUAGGCUUAGACUCCUCAUCCAUCACAGACCAUCCAGUAGAGAGCAACCCUUUAAUGGGUGACAUUGUAUCACUAGAGGCAGGAAACCAAGCAAUAAGUAGCACAAACACAGAAACCAACUUUCUUGGUGAUCUUUGCAGUAGCACUGAACAAAAAACAGAAAAUCCUGCUCCAAACAAUAGCUGGAUGGAUGACUUGUUUGGCUAAAAUUGGUUAAGCAUUGCUAUUUGGUAGAUAAACCAUCUAAUCGGUAAUGUGUCAGGCAAUUGAAUGUUGUCUUUUAACCUUUUAACCAUGUGUCCACUGCUUUUAACCAUAAUGUAAAUUUACUGUAAACUUUAAAUUAUUAAUUUUACCAUUUUGCUAAGAUUUAUAGUGCCAAAUGAGAACAGCAUUUCAUAACAAAAUGUAUUAUUUGAAUAUACAAUGAAAUCUAAAUUUUAUAUUCUACAUUUAUGAUUUAUUAAUAAAUAUGACAAUAAUAAAUAGCAAGCUUAAGAAAACAAUGAUCCAACAUACAAAUGUAAUGUUUAGAUUGUUGUAAAACAUUAAAAUAAUAAUAUAUAUACACUGCUAUAAAAUAAAAUAAAUACAAUCGCAUUGUCCUUCAAUGGUUUGAUCUCUUUGUUCCUCUAAAAUACUGAAUAUCAGCACGGCUGUGAUUCGGUCGUAGGGGCGAUGCCCAGGCCGAGUAAUAAGCGUCAACAGUCAAUGAUUUGUUUGUUUAUUUACUCAUUUAUUUGGUUCCGUCAACAGAAAAGGAUCUGCAACUGGAUUGUUACCAAGCAACACAUAAACAUUUUACUGCACAAUAGCUUUCUACUUUGUGUAGAUCUUCACAUUACCGCAGGCCAGCUGCUUUGUAUUAUGUACAUGUAUCUGUAUGUUUCCAUUUAUUGUGCAACAGUGAAAUAAGGUUAUGGUGGCAAGGGAGAUUCCAACGAGAAAACCGCUUGAUCAGACUGUAAUUAAUGGUUAUUAGAAUUACCUGUAAAGAGGAGUGAUACAUGAUUAGUUAACCCUAAUCCGAACACUAACCGUAGCUUUAACCCUAACCCUGAUGCUACUUCUAUAUAAUAAUGCUUUAUACUGCAAUAAAUACUGUUAAAUAUGGUUAAAUAAUGUGGCCUUAUUCUGAAGGGAUACCCUUACUGUUGUAGGUUUGGAAACUGUGUCUCCAAAAGGUCUCAUAAUCUCUACUUCAAGUUACGGUUAUUGCACACAAUAAGUGUCCGCUUUUCAAUUAAUAAUCUCAAAACAGGACAAUCUGUACACAUUUAUCAGUUCAACGUUCAUGACACAACAAAGUUAAAGGUUCCCUUUUUCCAACCUCGUCAUUACGAGGCAUUUCGUAAUUAUCGGCCUCAAAUAGGGGCCCUUUAACAAUGUAAAACAUUCAAACGUUGACACACACAUUUCUACUACGUCUUGGUCUUUUCACCCGAGCCGUUGUCCGACUUCUGCUUGCCCUCUUGGUCCAUGGCCUCCAUCUGGUCCAGGGGGUCCGGAGGGUCCACGACCCGGGUCUCUGGGAGCAUGAAGGUGAGGGCCCCCCCCCCCAGGGCCAGGGUGCUGAACACUAUGAUGGGUAUGGUCCAGUGGUACACCGCAAGCAGGUUGAGCAGCGGGGACAGCAGCCCCGCCAGCCUCACCACCAAGGUGGAGAGUCCCGUGGCCGUGUGUCUGAAACCGUCGAACAACACCAUAAAUCACAUGCUCGAAAAGUUCUAUUGUGGAUGGGUUUAUUGACAUUAUUUUUACUCCAAAAUAACGCAACGUAUGUACAUGUGCACACAAUGUUUUUGAUGUUUCAAUGUUCAAUGUUCGACUAGACAUCGAAAAAUCGACUAGAAUAAUUAUGAUUAAUUUUACAUAUUUGUCAAAAAUAUUUUACAAUUUGAAAAAAAAAAUAUAUAUAUAUCUAUCAAGGCCUACCUUAUGGAUGUGGGAAACAGCUCCUGGAUGUAAAUAUGACAUAUGGACAUCCCCCAGAUCAAGAAAAACUGCCCUGUGAUGACCAAGACGCCAACAAGGAGGGCUUGGUCUAUAAUGACAUAACAUAAUAAUCCAUAACCAAUCCAAAACAUCAUAAGGCCUGUUUAUCUUUGAUUGAACUGCACCGUCCCCGGCUCCAAACUGCACCUCUGGGAACCAUGACGACUAAGAAGCUGAAGAAUCCCCCGAGGAGAGCCGUGGCCAUGAGGGAGACCUUCCUGCCCCGUAUCUCCAGCAGCCAGAUACAAAGGAUGUGGGCCGGCAUCUCGCUGAGGCCGAACAUGAACUGGGUGAGGAAGAUGUUCAGUCCCAGGUUGGAGAUGUUGAAGACAACACACAGGUAGGCGAGGUUAAUGGAGAACCUUGAAGAAGAACCAUGAGCAAGAGGAGAGAAGGGGAUCAAUGAUCAACACAAGAACAGUGAGCAUUUCUCAGAUUAAAUUGUAAUUUC